GCGCCCUCUAUCGGGCAUGUUUGAGAGCCACUGCUCGGUCCACAUGCUACUGUGUCCUGUCUGUUUUAUUUUAAAUGGCCUUUAAAAUCAUUUCCAGGCUCUCUGCAUUAACUCGACGGAUGGAGUCCUGCACCAGUGCCUUCAGUUCAGUGAGCUGCAAGUUAACGGUGGAACAUGACCGACACAACCGACGCUUCACCGUCAUUCCAAGCAGCGGCGCCGGGGCCGAGGAGUGUGCAGUGCUGCAGUACAAGUUCACCGGAGAGAAGGAGGUGGAUCUGAUGUCCACAUUUGUACCUGAGGCGUGUCGGGGUCAAGGCGUCGCUGCGGUGCUGUCAGAGGCUGCCAUGGACUUUCUGGUUGAAGAAAACUUAAAGGCUCACAUCUCCUGUUGGUACAUAAAGAAAUACAUCGAAGAGCACCCAGAAAAACAUUAUGAGGACCUUGUCAUCACUUGAUUCUUCCUGAUUUGUCCACUAUGAGCUGGACUGCUACCUCAAAUUAACAGCAAGUGUAUAUGCCAAAUGAUUUUAAAUUUUUGAAUGUAAUUCAGUGCAUAUGUGUAGAAUCAUAAGUUUAAUGUGAACUACGAUUCAGUAAAAUGACCCAAUGUAAUCUGUAGCAGAUUGUACUAUUUAAUGUGGGUGUAAUGCUUACUUCCUCUGGAAAAUGUGUUAAAUUAAAAUACUAUGAUUUUUUUUUUGUUCAAAGUCCACUGAUUUUAGGGGAAAGUGUCAUGUCAAGAUAUGACCUUUUAUUUUCCUGUUUGAUUACCAGUGCUAAAAUAAAAUGAAAUUGUUCUGGGAAGAACAAGUCGAGAAAGUUGAGCAAUAAAUGAAAAUGGAACAAACGGCAA